ACUGCAGGACAGACACUGAGCACAUAAACAACAUGAUGGUGAUACCACUGCAAAGAAAUACAACAGAUUCACAAGUGUCUGCACAGACCUCAUCACUGUCACAGCCUGACAGAGGUAAGGCUCUGUGUUCUAUAUGUGCCGACAGAGCCACAGGUAAACAUUAUGGUGCAUCCAGCUGUGAUGGUUGCAAGGGCUUCUUCAGGAGGAGCAUUCGCAACAACCACACUUACAACUGUAGGUUCAACAGGCAGUGUAUUGUGGACAAAGACAAAAGGAACCAGUGUCGUUCCUGCAGACUCCAAAAGUGUUUCAAGGCUGGAAUGAAAAAGGAAGCUGUUCAGAAUGAGAGAGACUGCAUCAACGGCCAGAGAGCCAAAGGCCCCCAAACACUGGGCACUCUGUCCAUCAGCGUGCUGCUGAGGGCAGAAGCUAGUGUGCACCAGCUCUCAGCACUGGUCUCACCUUGGUGCCAUGACUUCCACACCAAGAAGACAGCAUGUAUGGGAGACAUGUUUGAGUCCAUGAAGCAGCAACUCCUCCUGCUGGUGGAAUGGGCGAAACACAUCCCUGAGUUCUGCAGCCUCCCAUUAGAUGACAGGGUAACCCUGCUACGAACCCACUCUGCAGAAAAUCUUAUUCUAGGCGCAGCAAGACGCUCUCUGCCCUACAACAAUCUCAUUCUUUUAGGUAACAACUUUGUGAUCCCCCUGAGAGGUGCAGAAGUGGAGGUGUCUAAAGUGGCUUUCAGAAUCCAAGAGGAGCUGGUAAAACCUCUCAGAGACCUGGACAUCACAGACAAAGAGUUUGCCUGCCUCAGAACCAUUGUCUUCUUUGCACCAGACUGUCCAGGUUUGAGGAGUCCUCAGGUGGUUCGACACUUACGUUUGCAGGCCCAUCUGCUGCUUGGAGAAGCAACCUGUGAGCGUCGAGGAAGGUUGGGAGAGCUCCUGUUGAUCCUGCCUUCCCUGCAGAGUGUAGCCUGGCAGAUGGUGGAAACUCUCCACUUAGCACAGCUGCUAGGUGAAGCCAGAAUGGACAGCCUGUUGCAGGAGAUGCUGCUGGGGGAGGCAGCCAAAGCAGGACAGAGACUGUGCACAGCAGCUUCCCUGCUGCCCACACAGACUGGCACUGAGGUGUACAGACAUGGUGAUGCUGCCAACGUGCCCACAGCAUAG